AUGGAUCCCCCACGCCCAGAGAGCGGUAUAAAAUCCCGCCCUUUAGAUUCUCCAGCUCCGGGUGCAUCCUCUAGAUCGAAAGUCCAACAGCCGAAACCCCAAGCGCUCGCCAACCGCCCUGGUACUUCUGCGAUUCUAGUGUCCACGCGCCAAAAGGGUAACCCAAUCUUAACGCAUAUAAAGCUCCUACCUUGGGAGUAUGCAGAUAUCCCCGCGGACUAUGUGGUUGGCCUCACAACGUGUGCAAUGUUUCUCUCCUUGAAAUACCAUCGCCUACACCCAGAAUACAUCUACUCCCGAGUGAAACAACUAGCAGGCAAAUACAACCUCCGCCUUGUGCUGGUGAUGGUGGACAUACAAAACCAUGAAGAUAGUCUCAGAGAGCUGUCCAAAACAUCCAUUAUCAACAACCUGACCUUGAUAUUGUGUUGGUCUGCACCAGAGGCUGCGCAUUAUCUCGAGCUCUUCAAGUCCUCAGAGAACGCACAGCCCACCGCCAUUCGAGCACAACAGGCCCAAUCUUAUAAAGAAUCAUUGGUGGAGUUUGUCACGGUGCCUAGAAGUAUCAACAAGUCCGAUGCCGCAAGUUUGAUCUCCACAUUCGGUAGCUUGCAAAAUGCCAUUAAUGCACAACCGGAGCAAAUCAGUGCCGUGCCGGGCUGGGGAGAGAAAAAGGUCCAGCAGUGGUCCCAUGCAGUCCGGGAAGAUUUUAGAGUCGAGAGCACGAAAAGGGCUUCUGCUCCUGCCACACAACACCGGGCUCAAGUACCAGCCGUGAAUGCGGAUGAGGAUAUGGAGGAAGAGGAUGAAGAAGAGGCUAUCCUUCGUGAAGUUCUGGCUGAAAGCAGGAAAACAGCAUCCGCGCAUGCCACGCGGCCUGCCGAGCCACAACCUGAAAGUCAGCGAACUGAAGAGAUGAGUGAAGCCUAUCUUCAUGUCAAAUCCAUCUAUUACUACUACUACUACUACUACUACUACUACUACUACUACUACUACUACUACUACUACUACUACUACUACUACUACUACUACUACUACUACUACUACUACUACUACUACUACUACUACUACUACUACUAUGUUCCGAACAUCUUUUUUUAUACGGAGUGCCUCAUCAGAUACGGGCACCUGGGCACCGGCGGGUCGACGAGGCGCAAGCCAAAUCAUGAAAUCAACAUGCACGCUCGUUUGGACGGUGCAAAUGGUCGCUCAAGGGUCCUCCCGAGGUCAAGGCUAGGAUGCAAAACUUGCAAAAUUCGACGAGUCAAGUGCGGAGAAGAAAAGCCCAGCUGUGUUCGAUGUACCAGUACAGGUCGCAAGUGUGACUUUGAAGACAUACCACCCUCUUCCACAGUCUCGGUUAUCGCCAACCCAUUAUCACUAUCACCAAACACCAAUAAGGUGUGGCGAGAGCGACGUGCAUUUGCUUACUAUUUCGAAUUUGCUGCCCCCUCCAUCGGCGGGGGAUUGGAUGUUGAUUUCUGGCGCACUAUCGUCCCACAGGUCUGCCGCUAUGAACCUGCUGUGUGGGAUGCUAUCAUCACCAUUAGUGCGCUAUUUGAGUGUCCCAAAGAAUGUCUGGAUCCUGCGUCACAACGCCGUGGUAGUACUAUUUAUCUGACGCAGAAUCAUCAAGACGCCUUAGGCUGGUACUCACGCUCGGUAUCCGCUGUUCGUCAGCGUAUUGAGCAGGGUAGUGUGGAUAUCUUUGUUGGACUGAUCAGUUGUAUCCUUUUCAUCUGCAUCGAGGCUAUUCAGGGAAAUGCAGACGGGGCAAUGCAGCUCUAUAGUCAAGGUGUGCAGCUCAUCAUCGCUUUGCGUCCCCAAAUAGCGUUCGGGGCUGCGAGUCAAGCUUCCUUGCUGGAGGAUACGAUUAUCCCAAUAUUUCUCCGUUUGGGAGCAUUCGCUCUCGCCGGCGGCAAGGCUCCAGUAACUGCUUCACUACGAUACUCUGAACAUGCCUUGACGCAACAGUUUGACUCACUCAAGUCUGCUCGGGAGGCAAUCGUGCUCUUAGCUAUAGAAAUUCCCGUUUUCGAACGUGCCUGCACCAACCACUUAAUGGGGGCCAAUACCUCCCAUGUACCGGAUGAAUUCAAUACGAAACUAUUCAACCUGAUGACUAGACUGAGGAACUGGCAUACUGGCUUCGAUAAGUUGAUGAGAGUGCUUCGUGGCAAAGACAUGUUAUCGCUGCAACAGAUUGGUACCGGUGCCCUUCUGUUGAGUUACCAUGAAAUGCUAUAUGUCAUGCUUGAGACCUGCACAUCGUUGUCAUUGAUGCAAUUUGAUGAUUAUCUCCAAAACUUCCAAAAUAUCGUUGAACAAUGUGCGAAUGCACCUAAAGCCUCGGUGCGACCAGACGGCACUCAGCCUCCAUUUACCUUUGAACUCAAUGUUGGCCUUCCGCUCUGGUUUACCAGUCUCCGAUGCCGUGAACCGCGUACCCGACGCGCGGCACUGGCUCUGCUCUACCAAGCUCCCACAGUGCAAGGAUUUUACCAGUGCUCAAUCUGGGCAGCCCUGGGGCGAACGGUCAUGGAGAUAGAAGAAUCCCGGGCAAUGGCAAUGAAUGUAGCCCAUCAUACAUCCAAACUUAGUGCACUGGAGCCAGCGAAUGGACCAAUUCCUGGCUCCGAACUUGCCCCAAUCUCAUAUUAUGCUCAUACGGAUAUGGGGCCUAUAAUACCAACAGCACUGCUUAUCCCAGAGGAGGUGCGCAUUGGGCCCAUUGCUGCUUUUCGGCCAAUGGAUGGUUUUCCUCCUGGGACUGCAGAGGCAGAUAUUGUGAAGUGGAAUCGCGGCCCUGACCAACUCUUUCUGCGGUUUUCCCGGAAUCUGACCAGCGAUUCUUGUCGGAUAGUGUACGAAUAUGCCCCUCUUGACUUUUAA